AUGCAAACGAAAUCCGAAUCUCAGAAACGUUUUUCGUACAGUCACCAUCCGCUUGACUUGGACACGGAUCAAAUCCGACUCCUCAAGGUUCAUUACACCAAAUGGGAUGAACCAGUUCGAUGUAGCAUGCAUGUUGUGUCUCUGGAAGCCUUCCAACAACAAGACGAGUAUGUGUACCUAGCACUGUCUUAUGUUUGGGGGGACCCUGAGCCAACGCACACAGUAUACGUUGACGGGUUACCCCUCUCUGUGAGAUCGAACCUGUUCGAUGCCUUACGUCGUCUGAGGCUCAAAUUUCCUUAUUGGCCAGAACACGAUCUCAUCUGGAUCGACGCAAUGUGUAUCGAUCAAAGCAGUCUAGAAGAACGGAGCAGACAAGUAGCCAUGAUGAGUCGCAUCUACAAAUCAUGCGCUAAGGUCAUAGUCUGGCUGGGAGACAUCGAUAGAGAGACACCUCCUGCUGUAGAGAUCUUCACGCCUGACGAGCAAUACAUCCCACCGGCUCAGAUGGUUGCAUUCCCGUACUUUAUGAAGUAUCUGCUUCACAAUUCAUGGUUUACACGCAUAUGGGUUGUACAGGAAUUUGUACUUCCACCACAAGUAUCCUUGUGUAUCGGCUCCGCCAUACUGCCUGUCGAACUCCUUUACAACGCUACUGCUGUUUUUUACUCACACGUACGAAGUGCAUGUUGCUUAAAGAACAUUCUGAAGCGGGUGCGCUUCACGCCUGUGUUCGGCAAUGUCGCUUCCCUGCGACAUAUACGUAAAGCAGUCGCCUCAAAUUCCGAUCUUGAUUACUUUGUGCUGCGUCACGCUCUGGCUGGAAGGAAGGCUUCGUUAGAUCACGAUCUGCUAUAUGGAAUUCUUGGUUUAAACCCUCUGCAGACUGAUGAUUUGGUCCUUCCGGACUACGACCGUCCAGUGACAGAAACAUAUAUCGAAUUCUCCAGCAAGUAUGUCUCUUCACGAAGCGGCUGUGACUUCAACAAGUUCGCAGCGUUUACGCACGCGCCUCUCAAAUCUCGAUAUCCCGACUUACCAUCCUGGGUCAUUGAUCAUACAUUGUACGAAGACGACAAUUUAUUUGAAUUUCUCCCCGAGGCUACAGGAUUGAUGGCGUCUUUUGCCCGGUCGCAUGCCACUAAGCACGGUGCCUCACAUAGCUUGAAGAUCAGGGGUCACCAUCUGAUUCUGCACGGGCACUUCAUCGAUUCUAUUGACAUAAUCGGUCAGGUUAAUUUGGAUCGACGUUUUGCGUACAAAAGCUUGCAUGAUGAUCGACGCUACAGAGUGUUAGAUGACUGGAGGGAGACCGUCUCAGCCCGUCAUGCAUCAGACGAGCCGUAUGUGCUACCAGAUGAAUACGCUUCCUUGACGGACACCUGGCAAAUCGCUUGGCUGAAAACGAUGAGUUGGGCCCAUCGUACCGGAGUUGAAGGUGGUCCCAUAAGGCUGACAGAUGAGGAAGUCGCUUCAUUGAUGAAAGAUGCCACUCUGGACCCUUCAAGCCCUUGCAAUUUGGACUCCACGCCAAGCUUUUGUGGCCGAUGGAGCGACGAAUACACAGCAGAAACAUAUGGACAGAUGGAUAGGGUGGACCUAUACAUUCAGUAUGUCUCUAUGCUCGUACGCGCGUUGUAUCGAACCAGAAUGUUCUUGACCCACUCACAUUUUCUCGGGAUUGGGAACCCCAAUAUACAGCCGGGAGACAGGGUCUUCCUUUCAGCAGGCUGCGGUAGACCAUUGAUCCUGAGGCCUGUGGAGACGAAUUUGCAAAGGAAUGGACAAAUUACGUAUAAGAUUGUUAGCUCUUGUUAUCUCCAUGGCUUUAUGGAUGGUCCAGACCAAGGGACUGAGUUUCCUUGCAAAGAGGUAUGGAUCGAGUAAGCUACGCUAUAGCGAUACACCACGCCAUCACGUUCCUGUAUAACAAUCACGUUGUUUUAUUAACGUGAGCAUAACAACUAGGCAUCUACUCACCUUACCUAUUAC